UUAACGCUAUGCAACAAGUACAAUUUUACUAUUGGCGAGCUCAAUAACUCACUUUCGCCUUCAUGAUUUUGUUGUCCACUCGAGUUUCAGUGGAGUUUAUCGGUUCUAUUGCGGUUCCUGUAUUGUUCGUCGUCAAGUUCUAGGAUGUCUUUUCUCAAUUUGUCGACAUUCAUGUUUGUGAUGUACAUGUGUUACCGGCUAAUGUGUCGUUUGUGGACCGCGCUGAUAUGUUAGCGAUGUUUGCCGUGUGUGUACGAGAUCACACCUGUAUAUUUUUACUGUAUUAAAUAUUACGACUUGAUCCACGCCAACCAUAGCCUCAUUCGGUUGAUUGUCGCUAUUGCGGAACAAACUUUCAGUGCUAGCGUCAGAAAUAUACAACAUUAUUGUCAUCGCCUCCUAAACUCAAACUACCCGUAAUCCAGCACCUGAGGUCAAACAAUCAGCGUAAGUCCGCCAACACCCUAAAGGAGUUGUGUGAGAGGCCGCCAAUGUCGUCGAGUGAAUCCACCAGCACCAGUCGAGCAUUGAGUUGACGUCUGCAUAAGUCUGCUAACACCUUAAGGAGGGUGUGUGAGGGGCUAAACAGCUAAUUGGUUUACUAUACAUUGUAGUGGAGUUGUCAUCUAGGGCGAAGAAGAAAUAUCAAUUACUAAUCAUAAAUAAUGGACAUUCUUAAUAACGGACCUACUGCAGGAUGCCCUUUAACACCAGAUUCACGAUGUUCAAUUUGUUUGGAUGAUUUAACCAAUAAUUGUUAUACAAAUGCAUGUUUUCAUUUGUUCUGUUUUGACUGUUUACAACGAUGGUCAGAUUCUGAACCAACUUGUCCAUUAUGUAAGAAAACAUUUAAUUAUAUUUAUCAUUCAUUUGGUGAUCUGGGCAUCCAUGAGACAUACACUAUUCCUAUAAUAGCCAGAACACCAGGUCCAAUUCCAAGAAGUCCAAGAAGUCCAAGUCCAGAUAACAUACGGCAAUUUAGUGAAAUGUCAAAUGGUAACAGAUCUAGUUUUGAAUCUGAAGAUGGUGGUUUACCUCGUAUAUCAUUUCCAUCUCAAGUAAGAAGAGGUUCAUUAGAUCGACCAAUUGACAGGAGACGAAGAAUAUCUAGUAUGGAAUCUGAAUAUGCUGAUUUACCUCGAAUAUCAUUUCAAUCUCAAGUAGGAAGAGGGAGUCCUAAUUGAUCAGAUGAUCAAGAAUCCAUAUUUUGCUACUCAAGGUUCUCAAAUAGCUCAUAUAAAAUCUCGAGAUAUUAAGAAAAAAAUGAAAAAAAAUAAAAAUAUAUCUAUGAUUCAUAAUCUCAAAACCCAGUACCAACAGAAAUCUUUCAUAUCCAGGAUCAUCUUCCACUUCAGAAGAAACAUAUAUACAAUUAUGAUUUCAUUUUAUAUUUUCUUAUUAAAUAAUGUAUGUAUAUA